AUAUUUCCCAAACUUAAAUUUCCAUUUUUUUACUAACAUUUAAAAAUCGCGUGAAAGCAGCACUUCGUUGAAUAGUAACUUUUCACAAAUGUUACGCGCUCAAAUUUUUUUUUUUUUAAUUCCGUACAUAGCAACAAACUCUCACUCGCCCAUUCCAGUGUGGUGGUGAUGGUGAGAUGCAGAAACUCAGAGCGCGCAAAUACCCGGCGGGUAUCUCGAUCUGACGACCUCUUCGUCCUGUGUCUGCACAUACACAGAGAAACAAACAUAGAACACGUCUUUACAGACCAAUAGUAUCCUGAAGCGUGUGUUCAAGUGUUCAAGCAAGCGCCCUGAGGCCUUUGCUGUGGCAGAAGUCGCCGCGGUAACGCGAAGCUGCUCCAGCCUCAAGGCAGAUAGAUCCCUGCAGGGCGAUGCCGGCAUCUUACUGACGCAAAGACACUCGGAAUUCUGAGUGAUAACGCCGCUUCCACGUUCGCGAGACGAUGAUCAAUGAACGAGGUUCGUCUCCGCACCGAAGCCGGCUUUGACCCUCGCUCGACGGGGCGGGAGGAGGAGGAGGCAGGAGCGGGUCACCCUCAGCCCCGAAGCGCACCGGGGUCUGUGUGUGUGUGGGGGGCUGUUAAAGAGCUACGAUUGUUGUAAUCGUAGCGACAGUACCGUGCACAGUCUAUACUCUAUAUCAUCGUGGUCGUUGUUGUUAAUUUAGCUGAGGCGGUGUGCGGGGUGAGGGCGCCCGCGGCUCUGGCGGCGUUUGCGGCCUAGCGCAGGCUGCGGGCAAUCCCGGUUCGUCUUCCACUUCUCGCUCCGAGCCCUUCGAAGUAAAACAACGAAGACGACGACGUUUUGAGUCGUUCAGCAGCGAUGUUUAAUGUGCACAGACGCGUGGAGGAGGCAGGGAGUCGACAUCUCGGCGUGUUCUCUGUCGAACGCGUGGGAGGUUUACAUUGACAGCGACCGCCACGCAAACUCCUCGUACAUUGGGCUUGUUUAAGAGACAGUUGGAACACAAUGGAGUGCCCGUACAGAAGAUCUGCACGCGGGUCCUCGCGCGACACGAUGAGCGUCCCGCAACUUUUCGAAGACCUGUGCACGGCGCACAUGGUGGCAAACUUCAGGAGGCCCCUCACCGAAAGAACGAUGCCCAACUGGGAAGCCAUGAAGUCGAAGUUGAAAAAGUCGGCGUACACCGCUUUGUUCAGGAACGUCUUGAGCGGCGAAGGAGGACCGCGCCAGGAGACGGUGGCAUUAGAGGAGCGCUCGCCAACCGUGAAGACCAGGUUGCUCAUGGUGUCCUUUGACAUGCGGGUGAGAGGAAGAGGCGGCGAAGCCGACCGCCUCGAAGAACUCGGGCAGCAGCUGGAAGACCUGGCGGACGAUGGCGUCAGCGCGACCGUGGUGUUUCUCCUGGAGCUCGUCGACUCGGGAGGCGCACUCCGCAGCUGCGGAAUCGUUCCAAAGCGUUACGGAGAUGACGCUGUGCCCAGCAGAGUGUGCAGGUUCAAGGGGUAUCAGUGCUGUGACCUCAACUACUUUGAAGCUGAUUGCUUUGCGCAAAACACGUUGAGAGAUCCUCUGUUCGAAGAUGAAAUCGAGAGGAACAUGCAGCUUUUCACAUCCACUCCUGGAAGUGGUCUCGCAGGAACAGGGUUGUUUAAACAGAACACGUUAGUCUGUAAUGAGUACGAGAAGCAGACACAUCUGUCCUUGUUUGGGGCACUGGUUCAUACUAAAACAAUGGACAUGGACAUCAAGCUUGAUCUGCCAUCCAUCCCUAACAAUGUGGAUAUCACUGGCUUGUCCAUCAAGGUUCCAAGUGCGUAUGACCUCUCUGAUGACGAGGGCUUCCAGUCGGCCUCCAACCUCACUCCGGACUCGCAGGUGGAGAGCCACCUGCCAAACCUGUGGGAAGCUGCUCUCACCCACACGGCAUGCAAAAACAGAACCUGGGAGUGGAUUGGCUGCGGUCCACGGAAGAGCGAGAAGCCGUUUGUGACGGAGGCCGGGAGCACGGUGUUUGACCGCGUGUGCAGCGUGCGCCGUGCGGAGGCGCACCUCCUGCGGGGCACGACGCCGACUCCGAUGUCCCUCGUGCCAUCCGCUCGCCUCAUCCAGGAUUCCCUCAACGUGCUGCUGGGUGUCGUCUCCAGGACCUUUUCUUUUCACCACGGCCGGCAGGCGUUUGUGGUGCGUGACGGGGUGGCGAUGUCGGGACUGUCCACGGAGAGCCUGCACGCGCUGCUGGGCACGCUGGCCGAGUGCGGGACACUCUACUGGAGGCUCUGCAGCUUCACGGGGCUGUCCUGCCGGGAAGCCGGCCAGCACCGCGGCUUCAUCUUCCAGGCAUUUGUGAGCGGCAUCAGGAGGUACCUGCAGUACUACAAGGCGUGUGUGCUGUCGGCGCCACCCUCGCACAGCCUGCUGUCUCUGUCACACGCCUUCCGACAGCUGACGCAGCAGCUUCGGUACAUGAAUGAGCUGUGCAGAAUUCACACAGACGAUUCAAGAAAUGGCACCCUUUUCGACAACUGCCCAAAUGGGGUGCAGCUGUUGUCAUACCUCUACAAGGAGGCCCUCUGUUGCUCUGAUCAAGGAAAUUACUACGUUAUUCUGUCACUACUGAGGAGCUCUUGUGAACCAUACACCAGGUUUAUCCAAGAGUGGGUUUACAGCGGCCUCUGCAGAGAUGUUUACGGAGAAUUCAUGAUCCGUGUGAAUGAAGACUACCUCCUGUCUCGAGACAAGCACUACUGGGGCCAGGGGUACGUGCUGGCCCCUGUGCAAGCAGACGAGAGGGUUCCCUUCUUCCUGGGCAGCCUGGCUGAUGACAUUUACGUGUGCGGAAAAACCAUCAACCUCCUUCGCCUCUGCCAGCCGCAGAACUACGUGUGCUGCGCUGACGUCGCUGUGCCGCAAAUAUCGGUGACGUUCUCCCUGGCGGAGUUGGUGGAGAUCGAGCGGAGUUGCGCCGACUACACGAGGAGCAUGGAGCGCAUUGCAUGGGAGAGGCGAGUUGCCCGCGCGCAGCAGGAGGAGCGAGCCGCAGUUGCACGGGAAGAACUGGCGGUGCAGGUCUACCGGACAAUGGACAAUGCCCUGGGGAUUGCCAAGGGACACCAGAUGGCGCAAGCGAAGGCAUUCCGAGACGCCAAGAAACGGGUUUUUCAGGAGCUGCAGGACCAGUACAACAGGAGCGUGCAGAAGCAGCAGACAGACAAGGACAACAAGGUCACGGAAGAUGCUGAAUUGAGGAAAAAAAUGCUUGCUCAGCAUGAACUGCUCAGUGCUGAAGAGGGGAUGUUGAAGAAUCAGGCCAGAGAGGAGUUGGUGGCACUCUACGGAAAGCUGUACGCGGAGGCGAGGAAGCGCGAGCACAGGGCGCAGUGGAGAGGGCGCAGGCUCGAGCUGCACGACACCCGCACGGCCUUCCUGGAGCGCCAGCGUGCCGCACUGCAGGAUGAACUGAAAUUGGAAAAUCGAACGGAAAGAAGUUCAGCACCGGUUGUGUCUGGGGGAGUGGAACGCAGAGAAGUUGAUUCUGGAGGUGCAGUGGUUAGAGAUGCAGUCGCUGGAGAAAGAGUCGUUGAGAGUUUGGAGAGUCGAGACUUUGCGACGGAAGAUGUCUUUCCUGGAGUGGUUGAAGCCGUUUCAUUGCCCUUGAAACCAACCACCCCUUGUAGCCUUCUUGGAGAACAUUCCAAAGAUGCCGCAUCUGUAAGAUGCAUUUCUCCAACCAUGUUAUACGCGGCGACCACUACAUCCAUCGCUGAUCGAGUCCAGCCUUUGCAUAACGAACUGGAGACUGCAACCUUCACUGCAGUUCCACACGUGACUGACAUUACCGGUUCUCACGUGCAGGAAGCUCCUGACAUUCCAAGAUCGUUGAUCCACUUAUCUCCAAUUACAGAGGAGUGUGAUGUUGCCAAUCCACAAUCCGAGGAGCAUGCGACACUCGUUCGUGUGCAUGUAGAGACGACACACAAAGGGGUUGAAGCGCCGACGUCUCAAGAAACCGCUCGUGGACGCGACACCAAAGCCACCGUCCGAGUUGGAGAAGGGGCUGCAGAAGGUCACGUCACGGUGCCUGUGACACAUAUUUACGGCCACGUUUCCCAAUCGAGCAUCCGCUCAUCUGGGGUUUUGGCGACAUUGGAAACGAUGCACAUCCCGAAACGCAAACAGACGAACGCUCACGUGUCUGACUCAACGAUAGGCCACAUAUUGAACCCGGGCAUAGAAACCAGGGGUGACCAGAUACGGCUGCAGAUGAAGGAUGUUAUGAGAGAGAAGCGAAGCAAGGAACAUCCGUCUGAAGAUACACAUUUGGUUGAAUUGGACGCAAACGUACCAGGAGAUGUGGUGGCGGUUUUGUCAUCUGGCGAUGAGAAUGUGGAGCCGGUGACACCCACCAGUCAACAUCUGACAUCACCUGAAUUGCUGCUCAGCCAGAACGUGGCGCAGCAGUUUGAGACGCUGGCGAACAUGUACGAGGCAGACAAAUACCAGGAUGGCUUUCCCAGCAUGUCGAGUCCACCAGUGGCUCACCUUCUGCAGGCCAUGGUCCAUCACGAGAGCCACUCCCAUGCCCCAGCUGAGCUGCCCACGGGCACCGCCACCGACCACACCGCCGUGACCGCCAGCCAGCGCCUUCCCCUGCCCGUCCUUGUGAAGAGGUCCAUCAUUUCACCCAUUUUGGCUCAGAUUUCAAUUGUAAAUAAAGCAAUUGUAGAGUAUUACAUUGUAGACCUGAAUGUGAAGACUCAUUUUGAAGCAUUGAAGCAUUUUGUGUUGUUGGAAGAUGGUGAAUUUGCUCAUUCCUUGAGUGAACAGCUGUUUGCAAAGCUCGCCAGCGGGCCCAGUCCAGCGCAGCUGCUCAGCCCAAUGCCCCUCAACGCCAUGCUUGGCAAAGCACUGCAGGAGAGUCAGCACGGGGACUCGCUGCCUGUUGCCAGCCUCUCCCUGGCUGUCAAGCGGGUGCCCGACAUCUUCAAAGCAAAUGACCCCGACGCACUCAAUUGCCUGCAGCUCGGCUACAAGGUGGACUGGCCUCUUAACAUAGUGAUCACGGACAGCUGCUUGACCAAAUACAACAAGGUGUUCUCAGUGAUGCUGCAGCUGGAGAGGAUGGUUUGGACCCUCAAGGAUGUGUGGUUUCACCUCAAGAGCGGAGCCUUUGUGAAGCCGACCAUUCACUCUACUCAGUUCCACCAACUGCAGCUUUUCAGGCACGAAAUGCAGCAUUUUGUCAAGGUCAUUCAGGGUUACAUCAUGACGCAGAUCCUUCACGUGAGCUGGAGUGAGUUUCAGGCGAAUCUGAAGACUGUCAAAAACUUGGAUGACCUCCACAGAAUCCAUGCUGAAUACUUGAACACAGCAAUAUUCAGGGGUCUCCUGACAGAGAAGGCUGCGCCAGUGAUGAAUGUGAUUCGCAGCAUAUUCAGCCUCAUCCUGCGGUUCCAUACGCAGCUGGUGUCUCGGCCCUGGGAUUGCCUCCCGCACGGGGCCACACAUCCUAACUUCGCUCUCCUGAGAGAAUCCCACCAGGCUUUCAAGUAUUACUCACAUUUCCUGCACAAGGUUGUGACAAAGCUGGUGAGCCGAGGAUAUCAACCUCACCUCGAAGACUUCCUCGUACGAAUCAACUUCAACAGCUUCUAUACCGAACGGCGUGCUUCACCAUGAUGCUAAUAGUCCACUGUUGUUAAUACAUGAUAAUAGUCCAUUUCCUGUACAUAUGUCUGGACUUUGCAGUGUGCCUGCAUGGUUUUUUUCCCUCUUUCACGGUCAUCCUUUGGAAAGCCGCAUGGAGCCCCCACUGGUGUUUGUAUGAACAUUACGAGAUGGACAAAAGAUACCAGGGAAAGCAGAAUUUUGAAUCGUGGUGUAGAGAUGCAUCGAUUCAGUCCCGUUAGGAUACAUGAAUCAAAUGACAUAAGAAUUUAAUUUGUAUUCAUGUUGCUCUAAUGUGUCCACAUGACCCCCUCCAGCCCACACACUUGCUGUGAUAUUUAAUUUUACACCCCUCUGUUUUGUGACUGCGCUGUUAUCCAAUGAUGUGUGGUUGUGAUUGCCUUGUUUUAAAUUGUGGUCUAUUUAGACAUUUCAUAAAUCCAUAUUGUGAGGUUUAGCUCAAUUUAUUCCAAUCUGUUGAACAGCUGAUGCCUUGUGCUCGUAUCACAUCACAUGUAAUAUAUAUCAAUCUGUUCUUAUUCCAUGUCGUGAAAAUGCAAGUGGUCCAUAAAAAAAGUUAUGUUAGAGUUAUAAAAUAUCGUAUCCAAAGCACUGAUGGAGUAUUGUUUAAACAUUUCCAGAUGCCAUGUGGAAAACUGUAUGGGAAGGGGAACAGGGGGUGAGGGGAACAGGGGGUGAGGGGCUGGGGUCCCAGAUCCUGGACCUGGCCAACUCAACCCCAGGCUGCCCCUUGGCCCUUUGGACGCUGGCGCUCAGGGCUCAGGGCCCAAGGUCUUAACCUCAAAGUGGAUUAACAAGGACUUUAUGCAAAUUGAAGUGUAUGCAUAUUCCCUACAUGAAACAUUGUUUAGCAUUUUAAUCAGGUUAUUCACUAUUCAACAUUGGUGGUUUAUGGGGCGUUAAUCAUUUUGCAACCCUGAGCCAGUGGUGGAAAUUCCACAUUAAUAUGACGGGCACAUCUUUCCAUUGGACAACUAUUGUGUAUAUUUCCACACAGCAAUACAAUGUCCAUGACUAUAUUUUCCCUCGGGUUAAUGGCUAUACGUAAAAUUUAAGUUGUACAUUAUAGGUGGCUGAUGUGUAGACAUUCACUUUACAUCUUUGUUUACUGAAGGAUGUGGCACUCAAAUAUUUUUAAAAGCACUUGUUCAACACAGAAUUGGUGGUAACCCUCGGAAAUAUUUCGGAUUGUUAAUAAACGAUGCAUUGUA